AUGUGGUCAGCUGAUGAUAUUGCUGAGCUGUGCUACCUGCAUUAUAGGACCAGACUCCCUAAGCAGGGGAAACCAGAUCCAAGCAGGGAGUGGACUUCACUGGCAGCUGUUGUCAAAGUGGAGUCUGCAACCCAAAGUGGGGUUCUUGCUGGUCCGCGGAGUCUGCAGGUAACAAAGGAAGUUGUUGCUAUGGGAACUGGGACAAAAUGUAUUGGCCAAAACAAAAUGAGAAAAACUGGAGAUAUUCUGAAUGACAGCCAUGCUGAAGUUGUGGCCAAGAGGAGCUUUCAGAGAUACCUUCUCCAUCAGAUGUGGCUGGCAGCUUCCCAUCAGCAAUGCAGUAUCUUUAUUCCGGGAACUGAAACGGGGAAAUGGAGACUCAACCCAAAUAUCGUAUUUGUUUUCUUCUCCAGUCAUACCCCAUGUGGAGAUGCUUCUAUUAUUCCAAUUAGUGAACCAGAGAACCAGCUUUCUAAGCCAGCAACUGGAGAUAAUGCAGCUGGACAAUCAGCAGAGUGUAGCGGUAACUACGAUCAUUUGGGUCCAGAGGAGAAAAGGAAAUCAGAGAAGAGGGCAAGUAAUCAUAUAAUUAAGAGAAUGAAAACUGAUGAUGGUGGUUAUUUUUCCAUAAUCACUGAAGAUCUGGCUGUUCAGCAAGUAUGUGUGAAACAAGAUGAGGACACAGAUCCAAAGAGCUGUGAAUGUUCUGCCGAGAUGCAAACAGUUAACGAGGAGACUGGCUUAGGGAGACCAAAGGUAGUAGAUGUUUAUAGAACUGGAGCAAAAUGCGUACCUGGAGAGCUGGGUGAUGCCGGAAUGCCUGGGCUAGGGUAUCACCGUGUGGGAUUAUUACGAGUGAAGCCGGGUCGUGGGGACAGAACAUGCUCGAUGUCCUGCAGUGAUAAACUGGCUCGCUGGAAUGUGUUAGGGUGUCAAGGAGCUCUUUUGAUGCAUUUCCUGCAGUAUCCAGUGUAUCUCUCAGCAGUUGUAGUGGGGAAGUGUCCAUACAGCCAAGAAGCUAUGCGGAGAGCAGUUAUUGAAAGGUGUCAGCACAUCUCUCUUUUACCGGAUGGUUUUCUUGCUCAGGAGGUUCAGCUGCUGCAAUCAGGUCUUCGAUUUGAACAUAGCCGUCAGGCAAUUCAGGAAGUUCAGACUAACAGCAACACAAAACUUGUUCCUUGUAGUGCAGCUAUCAGUUGGAGUGCUGUCCCUGAGCAACCCCUGGAUGUCACCGCAGAUGGCUUCCGGCAGGGAACAACAAAGAAAGGGAUUGGGAGCCAUCAGAGCAGAUCUAAGAUCUGUAAAGUGGAACUCUUCCAUACAUUCCAAAAGCUGGUGACAAGUAUUUCACAAGAGGAUCUACCGGACACUCUCCGGAUGAAGACUCUAGAAACCUACUGGGACUACAAGGAAGCCUCGUUAAAUUACCAAGAAGCCUGGAAAGUGCUGCGUAGCCAAGCGCUGUUGGGUUGGGUCAAGAAUGCCAAGGAGUACCUGCACUUCACAUGAGAAUACAUGCAGCUAUGUACCUUCAGCAGUAAGCCCUGGUGCACAGAAGAUAGCUCUGCAGUUGAAGAGCCAGGAAAAGAUGUCCUCUAGUUCGUGUGCUGUGUGGAGACAGGAGUGAAAAAGAAAGCAAUUUAGAGA